AAUGCUGUAGAAGGGAGGAAACUCUCUCCCUUUCUCGUUAUUCUCUCUGUUUCUCUCUGUUUUUGGAUGUGUGGAACGUCGCCAUAUACGAAGAUAUGACGGGUCGAAGAGACGGUUUAUCGAUGAAAAACAACGCACAGUCGAAUCGUGGCUCAAGAAUCGCUGUCGCCAUUGCUAUUGGAAUCCUUGUGGGAUGCAUCUUUGCCUUCUUGUUCCCUCAUGGGCUUUUCGGUUCCGAUCUACAAAUUCAAGGCCGUCAAGCUGGAAAAGACAGUCUUCUGGUUGAUUUGUUCCCCUGUGAAUCCGCGGAACGGAUCAAAGCGUUGAAGUCCGAGUUUGUGUCGGAGUCGCAGAAGAACUCAGAGUUGAAGAAACAGGUUAGGGAAUUAACUGAAAAGCUUCGGCUGGCUGAACAAGCAAAAGGUCAGGCAGAGAAGCAGAUCGAAGUGUUGGGUGGAAAGCAUAAAGCUGGACCAAUUGGUACCGUAAAGGGUUUAAGAACCAAUCCAACUGUCAUUCCUGAUGAAUCUGUAAACCCAAGACUGGCUAAGUUACUUGAGAAAGUAGCUGUCCAAAGAGAGCUUGUUGUUGCAUUGGCAAAUUCCAAUGUGAAAGACAUGUUGGAGGUCUGGUUCACUAACAUCAAGAGAGUUGGUAUACUUAAUUAUUUGGUUAUUGCUCUGGAUGAUGAGAUUGCAAAUUUUUGCAAUUCAAAAGAAGUUCCCAUGUACAAAAGGGAUCCUGAUGAGGGCAUUGACUCGGUCGCAAAGAAAGGGAGCAAUCAUGCUGUCUCUGGUUUGAAAUUCCGCAUCUUGAGAGAGUUCUUGCAGCUGGGUUACAGUGUUCUUCUCUCAGAUGUUGAUAUUGUAUACUUGCAGAACCCAUUCAAUUAUCUGUAUCGGGACUCAGAUGUGGAGUCCAUGAGUGAUGGCCAUAAUAACAUGACGGCCUAUGGUUAUAAUGAUGUUUUUGAUGAGCCUGCAAUGGGUUGGGCGCGAUAUGCGCAUACAAUGAGGAUAUGGGUUUACAACUCUGGAUUGUUUUAUAUAAGACCUACAAUUCCUUCAAUUGAGCUGUUGGAUCGUGUUGCCAGUCGGCUUUCUCAGGAACCAAAAUCUUGGGAUCAGGCAGUUUUCAAUGAAGAGCUUUUUUUCCCCUCACACCCUGGCUAUGAUGGACUUCAGGUAUCCAAGAGAACUAUGGAUUUCUAUCUCUUUUUGAACAGCAAAGUCUUAUUUAAGACAGUGAGGAAAGAUGCAAAGCUGAGAAAGUUCAAGCCUGUCACUGUUCAUGUAAAUUACCAUCCAGAUAAGCUUCGGAGAAUGAAAGCAGUUGUGGACUUCUAUGUUAACAGAAAACAAGAUGCGCUGAGACACUUCCCAGAUGGUUCGGAUUGGUAGAACUUGUUUCUGGCACUCGAGAAAACUUCAGUGGUACCCUAUUGAGUGCAUUCAGUGAUAAUCUCCUGCAAAUGCUCCAAAAAGUAACAGAUAGGUUAACCAUUCACUUUGAGAGCUACGUGAAAUAUGUGUUUUAAUUUCCAAAAGAGUUGAUUCCCCUUAGAUUUUAUUUUAUUGAUGUGAUAAGUUUGUAUGAUGUUUCUUUAGAUAGUCUACUUCCCAUGUAGGAUCUAAAGUGCCAUAUCUGGAGACAAAUGAUAGGGGCUUUAUUGUGGAAGAGGUCAAGUAUUUUUCUUUCUUAAACUUGUAUUCCGGCACAUCACACUGUAUCAGACCCUCUCCUUCUGUACUGAAUCUACUUGAAUUGAAAAUGACAGCUGGAAAUUUGAUCUGGA